UAAUGUGCUCAAGUGACAGUUGAAGAGGAGUAGUGUGUUGUGCGAGUUAGUAUGUAAUAAGCAUGGCAGGAAAAAGAAAGGAAAGUCCAAUGUAUUAUAUUAGUUACUCGUCAUGUCACACGAGCUAGGUCUUGUUCCUAUCGGAAAUAUAUACCGUCAAGUCGGGAUCUAGACAGGAUACCUUACACAGGAGUACUACAGGGAUACGUGUAAAGGCACUCGAUAGCGCUAGUGGAUUAUAAACAAACCCGUGCCUAGCUGAUGGCUACGCUGGUGUGAUGUCCUGACAUCACCUGCCAGUAUGUGAUAUUACGGAGGAUCACCAAUAUUCUUCAUUUAUCUACACAGAAGGACGACACCCGUGUGUUUAUAUGUUACACCGUACAGUUCGUACCCUCUCACUUCGCAUGGAGUCGAGUCUGGCACUCUUUCUCCUUCUCACCAUGGUCUACUGUUUAGCAGCGAUCGAAGGUGAAAUUCGAUGUUAUUGCAACGAACCCGGAUGUAUAAGCACCAGUUAUAUGUGCAAAUCGCCCCUAGGAAUGUGUUAUUCUCUGGUCAGUCUCGAGGGCGAGACAAAACGUACGACACAGGGAUGUGUGGACUCGCUAGUACGACAGCAACAGAAUCUGUGUGAUGGGGAGGUGAUGGAACAGAUGAGGGGGAACCGUCCCUCCACCGAAUGGCCUUUUUUGCACUGCUGUAAAAACGAUAUGUGUAACUACAACUACAAUGACUAUACAGAAAACGUGAACAUUGUCAUGAAUGCUGCUAAAAUCAACAACAGCAGUAGACAUCGAGCAGUUGACAAAGAUUUAAACAUGGUGGUGCCCCCUGGAGGUUACGUACCCCGCGCUAUUCCGGAUUCCGAUGACCGGAGCGGUGAAAGUGAUUUGUGGUUUAAAGCAGCCGUAAUCGCCGUCCCGAUUGCGGGAGGAUUUAUUCUAAUUUUAUUGGUGCUUCUUGCUGUGCGCAUGCUCCGAACAGAUUCAAGGAGACACAGACAAUUAAUUCAAUUUAGACGUGAGAGAACUAGUCUAACUAAAGCACAGUUAUAUGUGACAGACCAUUUUAGUGAAAAGACAGAAAAAAGCUCAUCAUCUUCAAUGUUUGGAGAGAAUCAUAACUCAUUAUGCAAAGACAUCAAUGUGAAGGUCGACAAAGACGGUAAAGUUUACGAACAAGUCUGUCCGGAACAGUCCAAGACGAAACGGACGCGACCCUCAAUAGUUAUAUGGGGAAAGCCCCUCCAGAAAGACUUCGCUACAGUGGUAUAGCACAGAUAUUGUGAUAAAUGGUUAAAUGUGUCUACAUGUGCGCGUGAUAGGGAAGUGUGAUCACGUAAUAAAAUGCAAGUAAUGAAUAUAUAUAUAUAUAUGUAUCAAAUUUAAGGGAGAAGGUUAUGCACAUUUGUGAGCGCGCGUGUGUGUGUGAUAAAGAGAGCGAGAGCGAGAGCGAGAACGUUCCUAUAUAUGUUUGUAGACAUGAACAAUUUUCUACUACGGGGAAUGGCUCAAUAUCACUAGUGUGAAAUCAUCGUGUAAAUGAGACAGACAUGUAUAACAUGUAAUAUCAACGGGUCUCUUCGGGCCUCCGUGUACGGUUCUCUUCGGGCCUCCGUGGACUGUUUUAGACAGUGGUCGAUUAGAUCAACCACUUCUCUUUCAAUGGCGACGUGCUGUUGAAGGCACGCAUGCGCGGUAUUGUGAUAUGUGGAUUUGUGUUAUAAACAUGUGAUGAUAUGUGAAAGUAUGUUACGUUGAAACAUGUGAAACAUGUGUGUAUGUUGAUAAGUAUGAGUGCUCAAUACAGAGUUUAAAUGUUAUAAAAUGUCGUCAAGUGGAAAUGCAGUCUAUGUACUACAUCACGUAAUCAACAAAUCUUGGCCGAUUCUGCUUGUGUUUAGUGGCGCCCUCUAUCGUUUUAUGAGGGAUUGAACGGUUACUCCUGCAGAAUCGUUCAAGGGUGUUGACAGCGUGACGUAAUCCGUGAACUGGUAAAGACAAUAGAGUAAAACAUCGAUAUUUUGUCAUUGUUUGGUCAACGACAUUUUGGAAAUAGGAAAAGAUUUUGCGACAUAUCGGGGAAUAUAUAUAUAAUGGAAUUGUGGGAACGAAACCAGAACAGGGCCUUUAAAUUGUGUCGAUAAGCGAAGUGGCAGAUGGAACAAGGGCAUUAUAUCGAAGUUUUACUGUAUGUAUGUUCGACCUGCACAAUCAUGGUAGAAUGGUCCAAUUCCACGUCAAAGACAGGAAUCCAUAUAGGUAGACCAAGAAACUAAUUGAGAGAAGGGAGGGGGCCCUUACGGUGUUUCCCAAAAGUUGAUGGAAAAUUGGCAAAAAAAUACAUAAUUGGUAAAUUGUGAAUAUCUCACAACGUAUGGAUAUAGUUCUAAGUUAUACAGAACUAUAAAUUGAUUCAUGUUUUUUAAAUAAUUUUGUUAAUACAAUAUUGUUUUCAAACAUUUAAUACUGAAGUCUUUCAGAAUUCCUCACAUAGAUGCUGCUUAUAACCAUUGUGUUUGAGCGACACCUAACGGGUAGAGUAAGAAGAACAAACAUAAAAGGGGGAGCACUACUAACAGAAUUGAUAUCGUGGGAUCGGAUUAUCUACCAUGGUGGUGUAGGGGGCGUUGUAAGGUGUUGUGAGUCGUUGUUAUUACGUAUGGUCAUAUUUUCAUGGACUACAGAGUAUUCUGUUAUAUUUGAAAACACUUCUAUUUAUUUCUUUCAACAUAAAAUUUGAAAAAUUAAAACAUAAAAAA